AUGUCGAUAGCGGAAAUUGUCGUGGUGGACGCGGACGCGUCCUCCACAUCGUCGCUGUCUCUCUUCGUGCAGUGCGCUCGUCUCGCUGCAGUUUCCUCUUCGACCGCUGCUAUUCGCGUGCAGCUGCUGGACCCUCCAACUUUAUACGAGGCCGAAGUCUCAUCCCGUCACAAGCCGCGAGUGCUCGACUGUUCCGGUGUCGAGUAUGUGGCGGCGGUGGAGACGGCGCUGAGUCCAGUGACAGACGCUAAGCCACGCUUCGAGUUCCGGUGGUCGAGACCAAAGCGCACACUGACGCUUAUGGAGCGCUCCGAGUUCGCCAUGAAAUUCUGCGCCAUCGAGUUCCAAGCCACGGAAAGUGGUGACAAAUGGCGUAUGUUACUGCACCAAGUGGCUGCCCAGCAGCAAAAAGAGAGAAAAUUAAUUGACAAUAAACGUAGCAGAGUGACGCAGCUAGAGGCACUGCUGGAACAAAAGAAAAAGCUACUGGAAACGGCAUUAACAGCCAAGCAGAGCACGGAAGACUGUCUGAUCCAGGGUUUCUGUGCCGUGUUGAACGCUAAGAAGGACGAGAUUAGGAGAUUACAGGACGAGGUGGAACUGGUGCAGAGCGGUGAAAAGGGCGAGGAAGGCGACGGGGGCCAAGUUGACGAGGAAGGAGGAAGAGAGUGGCGAGUCCAGUAA